GUUUAUCAUCUUCACAGUGCUUGCUGGUUAACAUCCAGUCAAUGUCUAAGGGCCUGUAGCUAUGGGGACACAGUUUACAAUUGAUGACGCGUUCGUCCUGGAGGGGGAGGAGGAAGGUGUGGUUCCUGGAGAGGAUGUGGGGGAAUGGAAGGGGAGAGAGAAGGACGGUGGCGGAGAGAUGACAUUUGGACCUCUUUCUUUUGCCAAAACACAAUCUCAUCCUUCUGGAUCCGCUGGCACUCCUGAACACAGUAAUCUGAAAUAUCAGAAUCUGGAAAAUGAAGAUGCUUUAGGUGGCACUGUGAACUCUUCUUUCAACAACUUCUUCAAAAUCAGUGAUCCUGCUACUCUGUCCUACUGCAGCUCUCAGUGGUCAUUCAGCACACUCAGCUCAGUCACACAGCUGUCUGCUCACUGCUGCGGGUGGACGUCUCACCCGCUAGUGAAGAAGAAUAGACGAGUCGUUCUUGCCUCGUUCCUCCUCUUAAUCACUGGAGUUGCUUUGAUCUUUACAGGCAUUGUCAUACAGUUAAAUCCUCACGAAGGUGUUUCAAGUGCAAUUUUCUUUGUUCCUGGAUUUCUUCUCUUCAUUCCUGGUGUGUAUCAUGUGAUCUAUAUAAGCUGUGCGGUUCGGGGACGAAGAGGAUUCAAGUUCUUUUAUUUGCCAUACUUUGAGAAGUAAACCAUUUCUCUUCACAUCAUCCAGACUGGUCGUCUGGAUUGC